CUUCCGGAGUCAAGGUUUUCGGGCUUUGGACGGCUAGGCGGUGCGGCCUGCGGUGCGGCCUGCAGUUUGUUUCUGUCUGUCUUCUGCCUUGCUAAGGCCGUAGAGCUGGUGCGUGCGGGUAGCGGGGCGCUCCGAGGAGCCGUAUGCCGGCGGCGCCAUGGUCCACCUCAGUCCUCUCCUCUACAAGUCCUACCGUGGGGGCCACUUAACCAUCCGCCUUGCCCUGGGUGGCUGCACCAACCGGCCCUUCUACCGCAUUGUGGUUGCUCACAACAAGUGUCCCAGGGAUGGCCGUUUCGUAGAGCAGCUGGGAUCCUAUGAUCCAUUGCCCAACAGUCAUGGAGAAAAAAUCGUUGCCCUCAACCUAGACAGGAUCUGUCAUUGGAUUGGCUGCGGGGCCCACCUCACUAAGCCUAUGGAAAAGCUUCUGGGUCUUGCUGGCUUUUUCCCUCUGCAUCCUAUGAUGAUCACAAAUGCUGAGAGACUGCGAAGGAAACGGGCAUGUGAAGUCCUCUUAGCUUCUCAGAAAACAGAUGCAGAAGCUACAGAUACAGAGGCUACAGAAACAUAAGUGAGCUGACUUUAGUGAGCAUAGCAGUGGGAACAGAGUCAAGGUUCUCUUGAAACACUCUGCAGAGAUCUUAAUUUUGUUAGAUUUGGAGUUCAAUAAAUGGAGUAUCCUGAGUUGUCCUUGCUCUUCUGGCCUGACCUGCAUAGGGCCCAUGGAGAGAUUUAUUCUUGUGUGACUUAGCGCUGGAUGUGGGUACUAAUUAGCUUUUUUGGACUUUGUCUUGGGAUAGACAGUGACUGUGGGAGGAUUGGACUUUUGAGUGGGGCUCUGGGUCUCUUGGACAACUUUACAAUCUACUGGCUUCCAAGACAUCCUGCUUCAAAACCCCCAGCCAGACUAUUCACGGCCUGUUCAAAUCUUCAUGUUCAUCUCGCAAGUGUAAGAACAGUUACCUUUCUUACUGAUUUUGUAAUUGGAGAUUCAUAUUGUCUUGCUUAAUGCAUAUUCUUUUUUUUUUUUUUUUUUGAGAUGGAGUCUCGCUUUGUUGCCAGGCUGGAGUGCGGUGGUGCAAUUUCAGCUUACGGUAAUCUCCGCCUCCUGGGUUCAAGCGAUUCUCCUGCCUCACCUUUCCGAGUUGCUGGGGAGCUACAGGUGUCCAGCACUCCCGGCCUUAAUGCAUAUUCUUAAAUACACAAAUGUAAAUUUGUUAUGAAAAUUGCUUUUGGGGUUUAAUAACCUACCUUUUAAGAAUGAGAAACUGCUGGGCUUAAGGGAGUUCAGAAUGAAUCAAGAUUGAACCAUUCAAAUGUGGCUGUGAUUUCUGCAUAUAUCAUAGAUGGGAUCCUUCUGAGAAUACUGGAAUAGGGAAUUAGGACACCAAGCCAAUUCAGCUGUGAACCUUAUUCUUGUACUUUUCUUUCUUGCUGGUAAUUUUAUGGAGACGGUUAAGAAACCUGCUCUGUGUUAAGAUAAACUGUAUACCAAUAAUUUUGACAACCUGUGAUGAGUGAUGCAUUUUACUUCCUGUAUCUUUUCCUUCCUACCUUGAUGCCAGUAAUUUAUAAGGGAUCUUACAGUUUGAAUGUAUUUGAAUAACUUCAGUAUACUUUAGCUCUACUUUUUUAUUUGACUCACAACUAUCCAUAGGUCUCAAGCAUUCCCAUGUGUUUUAAAAGCCUGAAGUCAGUGAGAUGAAAUUCAACAUCAAGAAUUUGAAGUAACUUGUGAGGAAAUAAUAUAAAGAUACCAUUGGGGCAAUGGCUCACACCUGUGAUCUCAGCACUUUGGGAGGCUGAGGUGGAAGGAUCACUUGAGACCAGUUUGAGACCAGCCUGGACAACACAGCAAGACCUCAUCUCUACAAAAAAUUUAAAAAUUAGCUGGGUGUGGUGGUGCUCACACAUAGUUCCAGCUACUCAGGAAGCUGAGGCAGUAAGAUCACCUGAGCCCAGGAGGCCGAUACUUAACAGUGAUUGUUCCGCUACAGUCCAGCCUGGGUGACAGCGUAAGACCCUGUCUCAAAAAGAAAAGAAAACAUUACAUAAUUUGGCUAUAGCAUAAUAAUUAAUUUGAUUUUCUGGUUUUUUGAAAAUUUUAGUUGCAAUAAAAGAGUAUUUCAAUGUGC